CACAGGAUGGACGAUAGCGACCGACCCUGAACUGCGAAAACCUUACAUCCAGUUCCAGGCAGCAUGAGAAACCGGAAGCGGCGGCCUUUUCUUAGUCCCCGCUUGUCGUUCUUGCCGACAACAACUGCGACGCUUUUAUUUUUCGUCCAAUGGACGAGCCACUACUACCCUCUCGUUGGUCUUGCCACGGCUGCCGCGACUGCUGCGGGGGAAGAGCAAGCUCGGCGAAGUACCGAAAAGGAGAAAGAUGCAAAAAUCCCCUACCAGCAUGAUUCUGUACUUCCUCACACCGUCGCAGGACAGCUCGGGGAAGUGUUCGAGAACCGUGUCGACCACGUUGGACUAGUACCACCAAGCAGCACGACCGAAGCUAGUCGUCCUACAACUACGAGCACAAGUUCCGUUUAUUCCGAUGUUCUUCUUUCCGGAGAGGGAAAGAACAACAACAGGAAAAAUAGGCCGUCCUCUUGGUCUGCUAGGGGAGCCAAGGCUCCUCCUGCACAGCAAGAUGACAGUAGCAAACGCAGCAGGAGAGACCGCUUCCGUCGUGAGGCGAUCAGAAGUUCGUACAACCGCCGAGCCGGAAUGGUGCCGUUGGUGCGCAUGCUGGGGAACAAACUUUUUUCCGGAAAUUUCGUUCGGAGUAGAGGGAAUAGUUGGGUGAAGAAAACAGACCACGGAGUGAUGAAGUCGACGAGCAGAAGAAGUGGAGAUGAGAUCAGAACCACUCCAGCGGGGAGAUCUUCAUCUGCGGCGCAUGACAACAAUAUGGUAGACUUCGCUGCACUAGAGAAACAGCAGCGCCAGAAGUUUGCAGCGGGCCCGUUUGACGUUUCGGAGGGACAUAAUCCGGAGCUGACUGGUGAAAGCGAGCUUUCGGACAAGCCACAUCAGCAGCAGCAGCAACUGCCUUCCGAAAUGACCAGCAAGACGUCGCCGGUUUCGGAAAUUCUGGACCUGCCUUCGAAGCGCGAAAUGGCAGUAAAACCUCCCGUCGAGAAGGUGGAGCAGUCGGGGCCAGAAAGAAGAGACCAAAUUCCUACAGAUGACGCAGGUUCAGCGGGAGCAGUGUUCAAAACCACACGACCUAACGCGGAAGUAGCUCAUCUCUCCGGUUUGGAAAAGGCAAAACAGCACGCGCUUCUUGCGGCGAAGGAAAUUUUCGGUCUUGAUGAAGCGAAGGUCAACACGGAGAUCCAAGACAGGAAAAAAUUUUCUUCCACAUCGUCGGAACUGGUAAAAGAGAUGAAAGCAGAAGAAAAGGAUCUAAAGAUCCAAGACCAAACAACAACGGCCUCAUCAUCGAAGCAGAUGCCCGGUUACCGCCCCAACGGUGUGCACGCGCCCAUCAACGGCAAGGGCGCCGGAAAUUUGCCGCAUAACUACGUUCCCGUGCCUCCAAGUAGACGUCACAAUUCCCAUUCAUCCGCGAGAUCUUCGCAUUACCCAAACGCGUUCCCCGACCCGGCGGAAAGAAGCCCCCGCGGCACUCCUCCCGCUUUGAGUGCGGACGACGCGGCGACGUUAAUCCGCAAGAGCCAGCGGCGGGAGAGAAGAGACGAAAGCCAC